AUGGACGUUUCAUCUUCAAUUGCUACUUGGCUUUCUUUAGCUGUAACAUUCGUCGGUCUUGGAUCUAUCGCUACUCGGUUCGGCGCUAUUGUCGAUCGGACAGAUGAAUUCCGUGACGUGCGGGGCAUGCGGCAUUUAGGUAGCUGGUGGCACCGACAACCCCAUAUACCAUGGUAUCAUAUUGUCAAACCACCCCCUAUUGGGCCUGUUAUCAGCGCAAACCUCUUGCGCGGGCUCUGCGGUAACAAUCUGGUAUAUGUCAGUCGCUUGCCAUUAUCAUCACAUCCAGUGGGCCAGGCAGCAUGGUCGGUGCUACUUGCAGUCAUUCACCCAGGUUCUCAAACCAACAACCAGCACAAAUCAUCGGGAAAACUCUCAACUCAUGGUACUGUGGGGUUUGACCACAUAGUCACUAUUAAUAACGAGCCUUUCCAGCCCCCUCCAAGCGAAAGCUGGGCUGACAUGCCUCUUCGUCCUCUUACGAGGCACAAGUUGACCACUUGCACUGUGAUUUCGCGUGCAACCCUUAUAACACUAUUCUGCAUAACGAAUGCGCGACCGGUAUUCUGGUACAGCAGCGCUUCUGGCCAUCGAGCUGCCUACGCAUCCUACUGCGGACAAUGGCGAGUGGAAUGGCCCAUUGGAGACCUUGCACGUGCGUACUUUUGUGCGCAUGAUUCUCACACAUUAUUGAAGGACCCAUACCCGGCAAGGUUUCAGCAGAGAGUCGACAAGUGUUUACAGAUGCUGGCUGGGGUGAUUGAAUCACACUCGUCAAAUACAUUCAAGUGUGCUUUUCCAGGACGCAAAUCAUCCGGAAAAUGGAUUCUUGAAUAUGCACCCAAAGGAUUUGGCGGCGCACACGGCGGAAGACAUCUUUACAACAUGCUCGGUGGCAAAGUGAGCGAGGUGGACUUUUUGGCCAUGAAAGCGAUCAAUGCAGAACUAGAAUCAUCAGAAGACAUGGUAGCUCUUAACUUACCCAACAAAGACUCUGGUGUGCGCGACGUGACAUUGUACGUCCCCAAGCAAGAAGCGGCCGUUCUCAAUGAAGCCUUGGAUAAACUUCCUUGGACAUUCCUGUCAUGGUCGAUUCAUCGAGGGCUACGCGAUAUCCUCGUUGCUUUUGCAAAGGAAAGGAUGGACCGCUACCGAAAUUGUUUGGCAGAGACACUCCGUCUUGCGGUAGCAAAAUGGCCGGAAAGAUUGGAAGCCAGAGGAUGGGACCCGCGUUUUGUGAGGGAAGAUAUGGCAGCUAUGGCAGCAAGUGCUGUUAUGGCGGGCCAGGGGAAUUCAGGAGAUGUCGUCAGAAUUGUGACUGAAAUAGCAGCGGUUUUAUCGGGCGGUCCAGUCUCAGCUCUUGAUGAGACGAGGUUUUGGAGAGAUACAGCUCCCAUAUCUGAUUCUCCAAUCCUUGACCCGAUGACCGUUAUCGCUCUUGUCAAGUGCUUCGUCUUGGAGUGGAGUAAUGAUUUGAACUAUCAGAUGUACCACGAUUUCCCUAUAGAGAUGUACCUAGGAUGA